AUGCAGAGCGUGCCGAGCGAGACGACGCUGAACUCGGAGCCGUACAAGAGCAAGGAUAACAUAAAUAUGGGGAGGAACGAAAAGUCAACUGAGUUCUCAGACCACUCAGACACGUCGAACAACAAGGAGGAGUACAUGGACCAGAAGGAAGAGUUCGAUAAAAAAAUGUGUGGAAGUAUGCACGAUAAGCUAAACCUAUACGAUAAUAUCGUAAGUGAAAUAAAGGAGCUAUACAAUGGGAAUAUAGUCAUGAACAAUAAAGGAGUAGACAGACUUAACAUAAAAAAUGUAGCAAAGGGGUUAUUCCUAAGUAUCAAUAAAACGAUAUCAAAGAAGGUACGUGUACUAGUGAUAGGAAAUUCAUCUUCAGGAAAAAGUACAUUCAUUAAUUGGUUUUUACAAGAAAAUAUUCAGAAAACAGGUUACGAGUUUGAAACAAAUCAUUUUACAUUAAUCACAAGUGGGAACUACUACUCAGAGUUCAAUGGAGAGAUUGCUACACGAAAUAGAAAUUUUAAAAAUAAUUUAUGUACAAAAAUGUACGUAAGUAAGAAUAUAGAAACAAAAAAUCGAUUUUAUUGAAUGAAUAAAAUAGACUUUGACAUUAACAGCAUAAUAUAUGACCUGUCUGAUUAUGUGGAUAUUAUUUUGAUUUUUUUUUACUCCUCGGGGAAGUCCCUAAGUAAUCGAUUACUCCUUAUUAUUAAAGAGAUUUAUGAGAAGCAUAUAGAAAAAAUAUUAUUUAUUUUUUCCAAAAUUGAUGAAAUAAAACAUGAACAGGACAGAAUAAAAUUGCUCUGUCAAACGACUCAGUGUUUGGCGAGUAAAAUUAACAUACGGUAUAAUAUCGAUUUGGUGCCUAUUUAUAUUUAUGGGGCUAAGAAUGGGAGGUACCUCUUUGAGGGAGCGAGAAACGAUGACGACCUAUGCAUUGUCAACCGGAUGAGUGACAUCAUUUAUGAGAUCAAGAAGCUUUUUUUUAAAAAGCUGGAAAAGGACCUCUACUGCCUCGUCAGCGACUGUGACUGUAUUAUUAAUAAAAUUCUGGACAUUUUGAAGACGGACGGGGAGAGGCACGUCCACAAGUCCACCCUCAGGCGCGAGCGUGAGUGGGGAGGGGCCCCUCAAGGCAGCUCGUCAGAGAGGCUCCUCAAAGGGGCUCGUCAGAGAGGCUCUUCAAAGGGGCUCUUCAAAGAGGCUCGUCAGAGAGGCUCUUCAAAGGGGCUCUUCAAAGGGGCUCUUCAAAGGGGCUCUUCAAAGGGGCUCUUCAAAGAAGCUCAUCAAAGAUGCAUAUGCAUAAAACACACAGCCAUCCAGGUGUUCACGCUGGUCGCAUUUCUGUUCUUCCUCUGCACGCAGCUCUCCGUGCACACCUACUACAAGGACGUCCUGUUGAGCUACGUGGACAUGUCGACCAACCACUUUUACAAAAAUUAUGUCAUAAGCACAGGAACCAUUCUUAACAACUGGGAAAACUCCUACCUGAUGAUCAAUUUGGCCUUGGCCUUCUUCUUCCUCCUGAGCGGAAUCAUGAAGAAAAAAUUUACGAAGAACAUAAAGACUUUGCACGUGUCGAGCAAGGAAAUACUCAGGGAACAACUCACCUUUGCCAAGUUCGCCAAAGACAGGGGGAAGUACUUGGCCAAGACCUUCUACGAGUUGAAGCAGAAUUGA